CACCGAGCUGAAAAUGUGGCUUGGGAUCACAGUUCUAAUUUUUCUUGCUGUAUGUUUGGCUGUGGAGGAGACACCAGUUGAGGAAGGAAUCCCUUGCUCAAAGUAUCAGCUAGCUUUCAACCACUCAUGCUAUGAGUUUGUGAGACUCCAGCGAUCCUUCAGAAGUGCCCAGAGAUGGUGUGAGAGAGGAGGGGGGCACCUUGUCUUUAUUGAAAACGAGGAAACUCAAGAGUUCUUGCAGAAGCAUAUUGCCGAGGAUCAGGAAUGGUGGAUAGGACUGAUCUCAAACUCCUUGCUGAAUGAAACUACUGACGGGUCAAUGAUUUGGCUGGACACCUCAGAUAUAAGCUACAGCAACUGGUACAAGGAUCAGCCAUCUUCUUUCUCAUCCACAUGUGGGUACAUCCUAAAGAAUGCCAAGUAUCAGUGGGGUGUGACUGAAAAUUGCAGCCAGGAGUUUGACUUCAUUUGUGAGUUUGAAUCUGGCCAAAGCAUUGCUUGUGAUAGUUCCAAUGCCACUGUACAGUGUGGGUCAGGAGAAGUUAUCCAAAUUGGAGAGACCUUCUAUGGACGGAAGACCCCUCACUACUGUGUAUUGGAAACCCCUCUCCAGUAUGAUACAGAUGAAGACUGUAGCUGGAUCAGUGUCAAAGAUGAAGUAGCAGGACAGUGUCACGGUCUUCAGGCCUGCCAGGUGGCAGCAGAUGGAGCUUUCUUUGGAGACCCUUGCCCAGCUUCAGGAAGCUAUUUGUCUGUUCAAUACCACUGCAAGGAAGGUCUGCAGCUGGUUGUAACAGAUAGAUGCUUUAUCUUUGAAAACAUCACAGUCACUCUGAACUGGCUGCUCUCCCCAUACUCUGGCAACCUUUCCUGUGUCAUCAGCACUGGAGACGGCCACACGGUUGAUCCUUACUACCCUCAAACACUGGUCAGCAAUGUCACAUACAGAUAUUCAUCUCCUGGGGAGUUCACAGUUUUCGUGGAGUGCACCACCAGCGAGUGGCACGUGACAGCACAGAGGCGGGUGAUUGUUCAAGACAAGCUGGAUGAACUAAGCCUUACUGGGUGCUACAGCCAGUACGAAUCUGGGAACGGCUCUCCCUGCCGAACGCUCUACGGGGAGGUGUUAUGGAUCCAAGUUGAACUCAACGGAGGUAACGGAGUGACCUACGUUGUACUAGCAGGUAACGUGACGCUCGCUGAAUCCAGUGCAAAGGAAGGAAUCGUCCCGCACAAUCUGACACUUGACAGUGCUGCUCAGGAGCUGCUGGGCCCUGGGAUGCAUCGACUGGAAAUCCGAGCAUCCAGCAACACCACUGCAUCAGAGAUCUCUGGGAGCGUUGCCGUUCACUUAAUUGAGCCAGUCUCUGGUCUUCAGGCUGUGUUAGCUUCUCAUGCUGUGCAGCUGGGGGAGAAUCUGGAGAUAAACGUCUCUGUUCCUCAUGGUGCCCCAGAUAAGCUGAAGUUUGAGGUGGUUGGAUCUAAUGAAACUCACUCUCACGAGGAAGACAGCCCUGCAGGGGAACCUCGAACAUACUUCAUUCCCAUGCACUCUGAAGGUACUUUCCUAGUGAAAGUGGUGGCCACGAAUGCCUUCUCAAACAUGAGUCUGGAUAUCGGGCUCAUCAAUGUGCUGGCAAACACUUCCCAUAAAGAAGAUUCUGCUAAGGAAAAAGGCAGCUCCAAAACAAAUACCCAAAAGACAAACGAUCACGAAAGAAAAAACAAAAUAUAUAUUAAACCGAGUCGCCAUGUGGAUCCUUUCACAACCGUUACUCUUGGCUGGCCAGAUAACAGCGCUAAUUCUAGUUUCCUCUGGUCCUGUGGAGCUUGCUGGCCUGAGUGGAAUGAAUGCGUGCAGCACCAGAUAAUCUUAACCAACCAACGAGAGGUGCAGAUCCCACCUUCUUGCCUUCCUCCUCCGAAGUCAGCAGUGACUGUGAAGGUUACAGUCCAAAACCGUGGGAAUGAAGAGAAACAGGAUGAGCAAUGUCUCUAUGUGACUGCAAAACAAGAACUACAGCUAGAAAUCAGGUGUGAGGCAAACUGCAAGCCAGUGAACACUAGCGAGGAAGUUGUUUUGAGUGUCUCUGGACAGAAGGACUCCCAGGCCAUUUCGUAUAACUGGUACUUGGAUAACACAUUCCAAGACAAGUCUGUGCCCCUCCCUCCAGCCUGUAGCCUGACUGGUUUCCGGCAGGACUCUUUGAAUUUGCUUCAAAGCAAUGCAUCCAUGUUGAUAAUGAACAGCUCCUUCUUGCAGACACACGGAGAAGCUUUUCAGAUUAAAGUAACAGCAGUGACUCAGCAUGGCUACGGGGAGGACACCUACCUCGUGAGCACAGUGCCUCCGCCCCAGGUCCCCAGCUGCACUGUGUCUCCCAGAGAGGGAUCCGUGCUCGCUGCUUUCACAGUCUCCUGCAGCCCUCCAUGCUCAGUGGAUUCAUGCCAAUCUCGGCAGCUCACAUACUGCUUCUACCUGAACUCAAAUUCUCUCUUGCACUGUGGCCCAGAUCCUGAGCUCUUCCCAGUUUAUCUUCCACUUGGAGAAGAGGAAAAUAAUUUCAUUUUACACGUGACAAUUACCAUUAGCAACAACUUUGGCGAUACAGUUCAAACUAAUGCUUCAGUGAAGGUUGGACACACAGAUAUGAUCGAUGGGAACCUGAACCUACAGGCCAUUGUAUCUGAGAAGGCAAACAGCAUCAUAAAAGAUGGGAACAACAGCAUGAGUCUUUUCCAGCUGUUUAAGUCAGUAACCUCAGUCCUUAAUCACGAGACCCAAGAGGAAAACUUUAACAUAUCUUUACAGACGGACACACGAAAAGAGCUCCGAGGGCUGAUGCUGACAACUCUCUCUGCUGUUAACGUAACAUCAGUGCAGACUGCUCUUCAGAUGUCAGAAGUGUUGAAAGAAAUCACUCACAGGAGUGAGGAGCUGUCUGCCUCUGCACAGGUAGAAGCUAGCAACACACUAAAAGAUGUAAGUGCUUCCUUGCUCACUGUAAACACAGAGGACAGUAGAGAUGAUCAGAAGCUAAAGGAUGCAGCCACCUACCUAUUUAACGCAGUGAGCAAUGUCCUACAAGCUUCCAUACACACCAGAGCUGUGAACACUUCAGUGCCAGAGGCAGAACAGAGUUCAGUGUCACACCAGCUCCUGAACACAGUUGAAAAUCUACAGAGCGCCCUUCUGUUUGGGAAGGAACCAGACGAUGAACCCAUGGUCCUUACCACUCAUACUGCCACCAUGUAUAUAAACAGAUUACAGACAGAAAGCCUGGAUGGUACAGCCAUUAAUAUCUCCAAUUCCAGCUCUGCCAGCUUUGUUCUUCCAACAGCUUCCUCUCUCAGUGUUUCAGGAAUUGAUGAUGAAACAGUGGAUAUAAGGAUGGUGAGCUUUGCCGUGAAUCCCUUUUUCUCCAGCGACUCCAGUUUUGACAUCAGUGGAACAGUGGGAGGUUUAAGCCUUACUGGUCUGGAUGGCUUGAUCAUACCAGUCAGCAAUCUCAAAGAAAACAUUGAGAUCAUGUUACCAAGGCAUUCUGCAACUCAGGAAGAUAGGAUUCUGUUGAAUCUGGGCAAUUUUAGUACUUUCCAAGUCAACGUCACCUCAGAAAACACAUCUGUAGUGAUUUACCUGGAAUGUGAAGAAGACGUUCCAUUAAUACUUUACUCAGGGUAUGGUUAUCGCCCUAAUGAAACUAAUUAUGACCUGAAAAAUCAUCUGUUCUGUAAGAAAACUACUGGAGGUGAGACAAACACCUGGGUUCUUAGCCCAGCAGAACUCAUUUUUGGAGAGGGAACUUACUACUUCACGGUUUUACAAGAUAUGGGAGUGGAUUCCACAGCCCAUGACAAGUUAAUGAUAGCUGUUACUUGCUUCGCAUCCCACUGUGUGUUUUGGGAUGAGCACCAGGGGAACUGGAACAGCUAUGGAUGUCAGGUAGGACCAAAAACAAGUCCAAGAAGCACGCAGUGCCUCUGCAACCAUCUGACCUUCUUCGGGAGCUCCUUCUUUGUCAUACCCAAUGCCAUUGAUGUUAGCAAAACUGCACAGCUAUUUGGUACCUUUGUGGACAACCCUGUGGUGGUGACCACUGUAGGAUGCAUCUUUCUGAUAUAUGUGCUUGUAGUUGUUUGGGCUCGGAGGAAAGACAUCCAGGAUGAUGCCAAAGUGAAAAUCACAGUACUGGAAGACAACGACCCCUUUGCUCAGUACCGUUAUCUUGUGACAGUUUUCACGGGACACCGCCGAGGGGCAGCCACAACCUCCAAGGUGACUCUCACCCUCUAUGGACUCGAAGGAGAGAGUGAGCCACACCAUCUGACUGAUCCUGAUACACCAGUCUUUGAACGUGGAGGAGUGGAUGUUUUCCUGCUCUGUACCCUUUUCCCUCUUGGGGAAUUGCAGAGCAUUCGACUGUGGCACGAUAAUUCAGGGGACAAUCCAUCCUGGUAUGUGAAUCGAGUAGUGGUCCAGGACCUUGCAUGGGACCAGAAGUGGUACUUCCUCUGUAACUCCUGGCUAGCCAUUGAUAUCGGAGACUGCGUCCUAGAUAAAGUGUUCCCAGUAGCUACAGAACAGGACAUGAAGCAGUUCAGCAAUCUGUUUUUCAUGAAGACCUCCAAAGGUUUCCAGGAUGGGCACAUCUGGUACUCAGUUUUCAGCCGCUCCCCACGAAGUUCCUUCACACGAGCCCAGCGCGUGUCGUGCUGCUUCUCGCUGCUGCUCUGCACCAUGCUGACCAGCAUCAUGUUCUGGGGGGUGCCAAAGGAUCCAGCCGAGCAGAAAAUGGAUCUGGGGAAGAUUGAGUUUACGUGGCAGGAGGUGAUGAUUGGCUUUGAGAGCUCCCUCCUCAUGUUCCCCAUCAACCUGCUCAUCGUGCAGAUCUUCAGGAACGUACGAUCCCGGCCAGCCACACCAGGCAGAGAGAAGAAGCUGGGAAAGAACGGCCGGGUGUCUCCCAGCCUUCCUCCCACCCCACAGCUCACCCAAGCCGUCUCGCUCACUCCAGAGGCUGUGAUGAAGGACAUAAGAAGAAUUGCCAACUCACUCUUUAAAGCCCUGAAGACUCCAUCACUCACUUCAGUAUCAGAUCUUGGAAAAUCAACUAAUAUCAACACACUUCUGGCAUUGGUUGAGGACAUCAUCUGCCACCAGAACAGAGCUGGCCAAGAGUUUUACGAUGAAAGCAAAAAGAAGGAUGACCCUAUCAUUGUCACACUAGGUGCUAUGGAUAUACCAGGUAAACACAAGAUGACACAUCUGCUGAAACCUUUAAUGAAAUCUAGCUAUCAGCCUGGCUUCAGAGUUGGAUCAGUAUCUAGUAGCAUCAAGACUCACAAAUAUGAGUUGUUUCACAAAAAGGCAAGAAGCCCGACUCCAGAGAAGGGAACGUGUGAACGACUGAAACACAACGAUUACAACCGUUGCUUGUACAUGCAACUCCAGCAUGUAGAGAUGGAGUUGGAAUUACUGGGGCCCCACAAAUUUCAGAUGCCUCAGAGUUAUACACAAGCUGUUCGUCAGGUUCAGCACAUGAAGAACCUCCUGGAGAACCAGAUUUGCCCAUCAGUGUCCAUCAGUGAGAGGUGGUCUCUUACUCCAAGCUCCUCUGGUGAUGGAAAGAAAAGUCCCUCUUCCAAAGGGCUGCCCUGGUGGUUUGUGUUCAUUGCCUGGUUCCUUGUGGCAGCCACUAGUGGCGUGUCUGGGUUCUUUACCAUGCUCUAUGGGCUGCAUUAUGGGAAGGAGAACUCCAUCAAGUGGCUGAUCUCCAUGGCUAUCUCCUUCUUUGAAAGUCUUUUCAUCACACAGCCUUUAAAGGUGCUGGGAUUUGCUGCCUUUUUUGCUCUGGUUCUGAAGAAGGUGGAACACGAGGAUGAAGAAAACAUGGCCAUUGAUGGGCCUUUGUCUGCACCAGGUGACUCAAAUCCUCUCCUGGGAGCCCGCCGGGACAGCAGAAGCAAUAUUUAUCAGCCACCUCCUGCAGCUGAUGUUGAGAAAAUGAAAAUCAGCUGCAUGAAGGAGCAGAAAGCAUUUGCCCUCAUCAGAGAAAUCCUGGCCUACGUGGGGUUUUUAUGGAUGCUUUUACUGGUUGCCUAUGGGCAGAGAGAUCCCAACUCCUACUACCUAAACAAGCACAUCGAGAGCAGCUUUACAGAUGGAUUCCACGAUGUCUACAGUUACCAAGAUUUUUUCACAUGGGCAAAAACCACCUUACUCAAAAAUCUUUAUGGAUCAUAUACAGGAUUCAUCACAGACGGCAACUCCAAGCUGGUGGGUAGUGCUCGAAUUCGCCAAGUACGAGUGAAAGGAGACACCUGCCCUCUUUCUCCCAAACUCCAGAGUGUGAUUCGGGAAUGCCAUGCUCCGUACUCCCUGCAAACAGAGGACACAUCGGACUACGGGGAGCACUGGAACACUUCGGUCUCUGCUAACUCAUCUGAUUUGAGCUCAGCAUGGCAGUACCAGAGUCAGUCCGAGCUGAGAGGGCAGCCUGUCUGGGGCAAACUUGCUGUCUACAGGGGAGGGGGAUACGUGAUUCACCUGGGAACCGAUCCUAACAAUGCCUCCAGAAUUCUCCAGUACCUUUUCAACAAUGUCUGGCUGGACACCUUCACAAGAGCAGUGUUUGUUGAAUUUACAGUCUACAAUGCCAACGUGAACCUGUUCUGCAUUAUAAGCCUGAUGUUUGAAACCAAUGCUUUAGGGGCCUUCUUCACAAGUGCAGAGCUGCAAAGUGUCCGUCUCUACCCAUACACCAACAGCCUCCACAUCUUUGUUGUUGCAGCAGAAGUCAUUUAUUUCCUCUUUAUUGUGUACUACAUGAUAGUACAGGGAAAACUGAUGAAGACUCUGAAAUGGAGAUAUUUCCACAGCAAGUGGAAUCUCCUGGAGAUGGCCAUCAUACUGAUUAGCUGGAGCGCCCUGUCAGUGUUUGUGAAGCGGACAAUCCUUGGGACCCGAGACAUCAGCUACUACCAGGAGCACAAAGAGGACUGCGUAAGCUUUAAUGAAACAGCAAGAGCUGAUGCAGUUCUUGGCUACCUGAUUGCUUUCCUAGUGCUCCUCUACACAGUGAAACUGUGGCAUCUGCUGCGCCUCAACCCUAAACUAAACAUGAUCACUUCGACUCUACGGAGGGCUUGGGGUGACAUCUCUGGAUUCAUCACUGUUAUCGCAAUCAUGUUCCUCGCCUAUUCCAUCGCUACAAACCUGAUAUUUGGCUGGAAGCUCUACUCUUACAAAACUCUCUUUGAUUCAGCAGAGACCAUGGUCAGUCUUCAGCUGGGAAUCUUCAACUAUGAGGAGAUCUUGGACUACAAUCCAAUUUUAGGCUCCUUCUUGAUUGGAUCCUGCAUCAUUUUCAUGACAUUUGUGGUGCUGAAUCUCUUCAUUUCAGUGAUUCUGGUUGCUUUCAGUGAGGAGCAGAAGCACUACCAGGCUUCAGAAGAGGAGGAGAUCGUGGAUCUAAUGGUAAUGAAACUUUUCAGUUUCUUCGGGAUUAAAUGCAAGAAGGAGGAAAAGCCUGCCAGUAAUGAUCAACUGAAGUAAUCUGUCAGCAAUUCACUGAUAACCAUAAUGAAGAGCUGCUUUGUUUGUGGGCAAGCGGUUUUACUUUAACUAUCAGCUGCAGUGGCUAGACGUAGGUCAUCGCGCUUCUGACUGGAACGCCGUAGCCUCCAACACAAACUGUUGUCGACUGAUGUUGUAACAAAGUGUUAGAAGUUGUGUGAAACUUAAGAUAAAGCAUCCUAUGCGUACUCACAGUGGGCCUGGCACCUGUAUUUAAUAAACACCGAGUGUUUGUUGCA